AUAUUGUAUCUUUUAGUUGUUAUAGGUAGAAGAAGAAAAAUAAGAAAAAAAUGGUCUCAGGUGGGGGUACACUGUAAUGUUUUUAUUCCCUUUUCUGUAUUUAGAUUUAUAUGUAUUAUAUUUAUAUUAUUUGUAUUUAAAAUAAAAUAUUUUUUUAAAAAUCAAAAUAGAAAUCUGUACUUAUUUUUUUAGGAUUAAAUUUCAUUGAAUUAAGAUUUAUGUCUGAGUACCCAUGCAUACAAUUACAUUAUAUUUUAACAGAUAUACAGUAGAACUGACUUACAGGUGUUUAAGCAAAUAGAUAUAUAUUUUUCUCCUCUGCUAAAUACCACCUUUUUGUGUAGAAGUAUCUAUGCUUGGGAACACUUGAGUUUAGAAAGAUGUCUCAAACCACCUACCUUUUGUAACAUCAAAAAGCUCAUCCUCUUUUCAUCUUACAGUACUAAGAGGAAUGAGAUUCGCAGAAAAUACAGAGUUUAGUUUGCAUCCACCCCUGAAGUUAUUUGGCAGCAUGUGAUCAAUUAUUGUAUUAAUACCCCUCAAUGCAUUAUGUCAGUUCAUUCCUUAACUAUUAAAAAAUAUUUUCAUUAAACAUUUUCCUGUAUCUAGCAUUGUCAAGUAUAUGUAGAUAUAGUGACAAUUAUUUUAAUUUUCUCUUAUAGUCACUAUUUCUUAAAACAUUAGCAGCAGUUAGAGGGGAUUCUUAGGAAGUAGGAACACAUUCGGCAAAAGCAACAGUAGAGUAUAUUAACAAACCUUGGAUUCAAAGGUUUUGGCUAUAUUUCUUGGUGGUUCUUCUUCAGUUAAACAUAAAUUAAAGAUUUGUAGAAAAUGAUCCUGGUGAAAUGAACAUUAAACAAAAUAAUAGGGUUUUUCCAACAAAAAAUCAGACUUGAUUUAAAAAAUCAAUAAAUAUAACCUUGUAUGAUAAUGUAGAUUUUCCCAUUUAGUUUGGCAUUAUGUGUUUUUGAGAUAUUAAAAAGUCUAAAUUAUUAGAUUACUAAUUAAUAAUAAUCUAAACUCAGGAAAAUAUUUUUCUGUUCAGGGUUAUGAACCAGUAUGUAGCACUUCUAAUAAUAAAGUUUACUAUGUUUAUGUUAUAGGCUGCUUGUGGUGGCUGUCAUAUGCUUAUUUUUGCCACCCCAAGGCCUAAAAAAAUUGAUAACAUUCAUGACCUAGAAGAAAAUGAGCCAAAUUUAUCUCUUAAAAUCUCUGAAAAGGGAGGAGAUGCAGACACAUUUCAGCAAACAUUUUCAGCACGUGUGCGACGGAGAGAGAAGAAGGAAAAAUCACCAGAACAAUGUAGUCGAUUGGUGCGAACGCUUCCCCCAUUGGGGAAAACUUCCCUAAAACUUGCAACAAAUUACAUCAGCAAUACUCUUCCGCUUUGCAGAACUGAUAGAAAUAAAGAAUCUGAAUCUAUUAUGGAUCAUGAAACAGGAGAUAAGAAAGAAGAGAACAGUGAUACAGAGAAUGAUUCAGAUGAAAAUGAAGAAAGAACCCUUGGUGAUACUACAGAUGUCCUAAAUAUGACCCAUGUGAUGAAACUAAAUCCCAAUGACCAAUUGAUAGAAUUAGCACCAGUUCAAAAACAAAAGUUUCAACAGUCAUGUGAUGAGGAAGAUAGAAGUGAUAGUCAUAAUACCGAAGAACAAGUAGAACAAGAACAAAAAGAAAAACAUCAACAAAAAAAGAAAUGCUAUCUGUCUCAUUACUCACUUAAUGAUCAAAAAAUGCCUGAUGAGGAAGCGACUUAUACUAGCAGUGAUGAUGACCAUGAAAAAGUCCAUGAUGAAAACAAAGAUUGUGAAAAAGAAGAGAAAGAACCAGAUGCAGCAGAAUAUUAUGAAGAUCAAGCUCUCGAUGAGGAGGAACAAAGCAGUCUACUAUGUGAAAAUGAAGAAAAGAACCUUACAACUGUGGAAACAACAGAGAAAGAUAAACUUAUUCCAGAUAAUAGCACAGUUAAACAAGCAUGUGAGAAUGCUGAGAUCCAUACAGAGAAUAAUUCUUCACAAGCAACUACAGACAAUCAAGAUAGAAUAUCUGGAAGACUACUUGAUAAGGCAAAAAGGUUUUCUUUUUUUAAAAGAAGGUCUAUGAAGCAGAAAAACGCACAUAGUUGUGAUGAAAGCAAACUGGAAAACCUACCUCAAAGCGAACAGGAUACAGAAAAUCAAGCCAAUGUAUCUGCUGAAAUGUGUAAAGAUGAAAACCAGAACCAUACUGGGAAAAAUCAAAGGGGAUCACCAUCAAUAUAUCAGAACAGAAAAUCUUCCUCUACAUGUGUAAUUCUUUAGUAAGGAAAUUAUAAGGCUUGCAUAUAUGUGAGAUCUUACAAGCAGAUAUUGCAGUUUAUACAUGGAAACAAUAAUGGCAUCUAUGUAAAGAUUACAUUUUUUUUCAUAAAAUUUAGCAUUUGGGGACUGAUCUAGAUUAACUUGGACCAACCUUCCAAUAUUUAUUUGUAUUCAUAAUUUUACUAUUGCAGUAAAAUGAGAAAUAGUCUUAUUGAUUUGUUGUGGCCUUAACUUUCAGUGAUUUUAAUAAAAUAUAUUUUUGUACAUCAGAA